AUUGACACUUGUAAGCUUUGGAAAUCACUCACCACUUUCACUGAUACCAUGGAGACAUUCAAGGACUUUUGUGAAGAGGUCUACAGGCUAUACUCCAGAUCAGAGGAAAAACACAAAUGGUCAGUAUCAGAUAUAGACAAGCUAGUUAGUGAAAUAAGCAGGGUUGGCAUCUUGUCCCUUAGCAGGCUUGGUGACUAUUAU